AUGGCCGCCUCCGACGGCGCGUCCUCGAUCAACGUCACUGUUCGAGUGCGACCUUUCACGAUCAGAGAAGCGGCGCAACUGGCGAAGGCUGAAGAUGGCCACCUAUUCCUUGGAGAUGGCUCGUUGGCGGGUGUCCCCUCGCGAACAGCAGGCAAAGGACUGCGACCAGUGAUUAAAGUGGUGGAUGAGAAAUGCCUCGUCUUCGACCCUCCAGAGGAUAACCCUGUACAUCGCUUCACCCGUUCAUUCGUACCUCAGGGAAAGCGUGUGAAAGAUCAAACAUUCGCAUUCGACCGUGUUUUCGACGAGAAUACAACGCAACAAGAUGUAUACGAAGCUACAACGAAGAACCUACUGGAUAGCGUACUCGAUGGAUACAAUGCCACUGUAUUUGCAUAUGGCGCGACUGGAUGCGGAAAGACACACACAAUCACUGGCAUCAAGACAGAUCCAGGAAUCAUUUUUCUCACCAUGCAAGAGCUUUUCGAGAAGGUUCAGGAAUUGCAAGAAGAGAAAUUUGUCGAAGUUUCUCUCUCCUACCUCGAGAUCUACAAUGAAACUAUUCGCGAUUUACUAGUACCCGGGGGCAGUAAGCAAGGACUUAUGUUGCGAGAAGACGCGCACCAGGCUGUCUCAGUCGCGGGAUUGUCUAGUCAUAGACCUCAAAACGUCGAAGAAGUCAUGGAAAUGAUUGUGCGUGGAAAUGAGUAUCGAACAAUGUCACCAACCGAAGCGAAUGCGACGUCUUCUCGUUCCCACGCCGUUCUACAAAUUAAUCUAUCAAGCAAAGACCGGAACGCUGAUGUCAACGAACCUCAUACUAUGGCGACCUUAAGCAUCAUUGAUCUUGCUGGGAGUGAGAGGGCGAGCGCAACGAAAAACCGCGGCGAACGGCUCAUAGAAGGUGCCAAUAUCAACAAAUCAUUGCUAGCACUGGGAGGCUGCAUCAAUGCUCUAUGCGACCCAAGGAAACGCAAUCACGUACCAUAUAGAAAUUCAAAGCUCACACGGCUGCUGAAGUUCUCCUUAGGCGGAAACUGCAAGACAGUCAUGAUUGUCUGCGUGAGCCCAUCGAGCGCUCACUUUGACGAGACACAAAACACCCUCCGAUACGCAAACAGAGCCAAGAACAUUCAAACGAAGGUAACAAAGAACGUAUUCAAUGUCAAUCGUCACGUCAAGGACUAUCUUAAAAAGAUCGACGAGCAACGACUUUUGAUCGAGGAACUGAGAGCUAAAGAAAAGGAUUUUGAGAGCAGCGCAUUUGUCAAAUUCAAGAAACUUAGCGAGAAGCGAGAGAUCAUUGCUAAAGAAGCCAUCUCACGCGUGCGCGCCGCAUACGAUUUCGCAUCUGCCGAACGGCAAGAACACGUGUCAAUGCGAAAGAAGCUCCGUCAAUUGGAGCGCCGUAUCUCUUUGAUUUCCUCAUGGAUUGCUGCUUUCGAUACGGUAUGCGACAAUCGAGAGGAUGAGGAACCCCCAGCUGGUCUCACGGCCAUGAGGAAAAAAGCUCUCGGCAUUCAGAUGGAACUUGAAGGUAGCAGGCAACAUUACCAUCAACUGCUGGCGAAAAACAACUGGGAGCGAGCAUUAGACACCGCACUGCAGACAGGGGUUCGGCAGCUACAGGAUGCGGACGGUACUGAAGAUGGAAGUGAUAUCUCGAAUUUGACUCGCGAGGUAGAGCUGCUAAAGUCAAAUGCCGAGCGCGAGGCUGCAACAGCUGUUCUUGAACAAGAAAGGGGUGGUGACGCUGCAGUGCUUCAAGUGCAGCUUCAGGCACAGUUCGAGACUAUUGCUAUCCUCUCACAAAUCAUGAUGAUGGAUCCGGAGGAUGCUAUACAGGCAGCGAAGGAAAACCUUGAGAAGCUUAUUUCGUCUUGCUCAAGCGCCACAUCGCAGGUCAUCAAACCGGAGGGCGGUCUGCCUGUCACCGACAUAUUCCCACCAAGACGACAAGGGACGCCGAAGAGAAAGAAGCCCGUAAAUUUGGUUGGACCUUCUCCUGUUCAUUUCAUUGCAAAGCCAUCUUUCACAGAAACUGUGCAGCCGAUAUCUUCUCCAAUGAAAGGAUCUCCUCGCCGGCGAAAGUUAAACUCAGGUAAGAAAGGGGUACAAUUUACGCCGAAGAAGAAGUCUCCCUCAAAGGUCAAGAGGGCUGUCAGAUGGCGAGAUGACAUGGAAGAUGGUAGUUUGGCAGACUUCCAGCUGACUCCGAAAGCAUACGGGUCUUCGUCUGCAACAUCCUCCAUCGAGAAACCAAUCCCGGCUCCUCCAGUUUUGCAGAUGGAAUCGGCCACCAGUGACAACGACUCUUCCCCGAUACCUGCACCACCAGAAACGUCUGUUGAAUUGAAACCACGCUCCAGUCGCUUUCAAACAGGUUUCCUGUCGAAGAAGUCUGAGACCUCCCCCCCGGUCACUGCUCCUGCUCUUACUGCAUUCUCAUCAGAUUCUGAGCACUCGCCACUCGGUGAGAUCCAACUGAAUAAGGUCCCUUUCCGCUCUCCACUACACGCCGUGGAGAAUGCAUCAACUGACGUUACACCGAACGAGAGCUCUGGCUCCUCUUCAGACGAAGAGCGGAGCUGGAUGGCGGACCCCAAUAAUACACAGAAGAUCCGGUCAGCAAUCAAGCGACAGUCCAUGACUGGUCCAGCUUUGAAACAGCGACGACGAAGCCCUCCGGGAGCCUCAUCCGGAAGUCCACCAAACGAAAAUGCACUUUUCACCGCUGGCCAAGCCCGGCGAAUGGUCAAAAGUGAACGAGAAUCCGUGUCUAACGUACUAAGUCCACGGCCUGGUGCUAUUGUCAAGGGUCCAAUCCGUCGAACCACCGUGGGAGAAGAUAAAUCCCGAGAGGGCUCCGCCCUGCGAACUGGUCCGAUGCGUCACAGCAGCAUUACUGCUUCCUCUACUCCCCGCGGGAGUCUAUCAAGUGUCAAAGGGGCAUGGCGCUAAGCUUUUUUCAUGACUGAUGCCUCUUUCCGGUGACGAAAUUUCUUGCUUCAAUUGUGCGGCUUUCUUGGCGUUUCGGCCAACUGCUACUUUAUAGUUGAUGGUGUUCUGAAUACGAGUUGGGUCUUGGGUGAUCAACUUAAGCAUUAGCAUCAC